AAAUGUCAUUUAUGUUUUGAUAUCCUAGCAGGAGAACUACUAUUUUAACUAUUAAACACCUUCCGAUAGAGAUUUUCAUAUAGGUCUUUUGUUUUAGGCGUUUAUAAUUCAAUUGGAAAUGAGUUCAGGCUUUGUAACAGCAUCAGAAGCUGCCGAAGCCCGUAAACGGCGACAGGAGGAAUGGGAAAAAGUUCGCACACCAGAUCAACCAUUGGAACGUCCUGAAGAACCAUAUGAUGGACGAUCGCUUUUUGACCGACUAAAAGAGCAAAAGAUGAAGAAAGACAUGGAAUAUGAAGAGGCUCAUAAGUUAAAAAAUCUUAUACGCGGGUUGGAUGACGAUGAAGUUCAAUUUCUAGAGCUGGUCGAUCAAAAUAAAAUCGACGCGGAAAAGAAACAAUUGCAAGAGGAGCGAAAGGAACUCCAAGAAUUCCGUGAUCGUGUGGCUACACUGCAGGAAGAAACUGCCGAUAAAAAACUCCAAACCGAAAUCAGAACAUCCAAAGUAUCGAAAACUUCAACAGUUGCGUCCACAACUCGUCCCACGCAAAAGUCUUUGCUUGGUGUUGGCAUUAAACGCAAGAAUGGAGAAACGGCGAGCACAACAAGCUCGAAAAUAACAAAAAAUUCUACCGCGGGAAGUGCUGAUAAAACAUCGUUAUUUCCUAGCAUUACUACAAACCAAUUUGAUAAAGGUCAACUGAAAUGUAUUGCAAUACUACCUGGUAUUGGACCUUACAAUGAGUCUAGUGACUCUGAAAUGAGCAGUGGCAGUGAAGAUGAACCCGACAAUGACAAUCAUGCCAAGUAUGAUUUAAUGGGGCGUAAAAGGCAGAAGAAGACGAAGUGCCAAAACGAUGAUUGAUUUUUGAAUUUUCCAGCUCAUGUAGUAGGGAGGUCUGUCUCAUCCUGUAAUGGCUUCGACAUAUAAUAUACAUACAUAUACGUUAAUAAACUAAGAAAAUAUUGAA